AGAACUAAAAUGGAGAAGUUAGUGUGGACGAGAUUGGUGACUUUUUUUCUUAUUUUAUUUUCUAACAAAGUUAUAUCUAUUGCAGCUACUGUCAAUGCAACAUAUCCGGCGGUGUUUGCAUUUGGGGACUCGAUUCUUGACACUGGAAAUAAUAACAAUCUUUUAACAGCGACUAAGUGCAAUUUUCCUCCCUAUGGAAAAGAUUUUUAUGGAGGUGUGGCUACCGGAAGAUUCGGAAAUGGCAGAGUUCUAUCUGAUUUAAUAAGUCAUUCAAUAGAAGAAAGAAUGGAGGUGUGGCUUCCCGAUUACGAUGUUACAUUUGUUGACGUCUAUUCUCCUAUGCUUAGUCUCAUAACAAACCCUUUCGCUUCAGGGUUCUUAAACGCAUGGAACGGAUGUUGUGGAACAGGGACAUUUGAGAUGGGAGCAGCAUGCAACAUAUACAGUAUUCAAUGUCCAAGCACAGCAUCCUACUUUUUCUGGGAUGUUGCCCAUCCUACAGAGAGAGCUUAUCAGCUCACUCUCGCUUUGAUGCUAAAAAAUCUAAAUUUUGAUCUUACUAGUUAUAAUAUUUCUAAAGCUCUUGGUCGUUUGAAUGUAACCAGUCUUAAUUUAAUUUAAUUUGAAAAUUGUCAUUUGUAUGAAAUAUUAGACUAUUUAUUUA